UCGCGCUUCUCCACAACCCGAUUAUAUUGCGGCUUCUCUUCUGGUAUCCUCCCCCUCCCUCUGCAUCUUGUUUCCGAGAAAGCCUCAGAUUCCUCCACCACUUGCCUCAGAUUCCUCCACCACUUUCUUAAAACUAUACACCGCGCUUGUCCGUGGUCCGUCUUCGGUUGAGGGAAUGAAGGGUUUCCUGAGCGCUCUGCUGUCCAAGCCAGCCGCUUCUCUUAGGCGGCUGGAGCAUGAUGUAGAAACUGUGAUCAAAGUAUUGCAGCCGGGGCCUCUGGGAGUGGUGGAGCACAAAUUCUCCGACACUGAGAUUCGCCAGGCAGAGGCUGCCGUUCGUUCAGCAAUUGAGAAUUGGAAGAGGAACACAGAUCUGGAAAGCAGGCAUGGAUUCGUGAAGCACAAAGAAGGAGGUAGCUCGUCCUGAUUGGUGUAAUCUCUCCGCCUCUUGUUUCUAAUCCAUACAUUGUAGGUCUACUGAUGCAGGGAUGACAAAAAAAUGUAAAGGCUAAGCAUGCGUCUUUUAGAAAUGCUCAAUACCAGGUUUGAUGCAUAGUAGAUAUUGGAGGAGUUUCUUCCUCUUGAUGUGAGGAUUUUCAUAAAAUGGUGUAGUUUGUAUUCUGUCCAUAAGAAUUAUUGCAUGAUCUUGUUGUUCAUAUCACGCUUUUAUCCUUGCUGCAAUCUCUCUCUGACAAGAUUUCCCAUUUG